AUGAUUUCUGCAAAGGACAAGCCAAAGGCCCCCAAAGACAGCAUGACCCUUCUCCCUUGCUUCUACUUCGUCGAGCUGCCCAUUGUGGCGUCCUCCAUCGUGACUCUCUAUUUCCUGGAGCUGACGGACCUCUUCAAGCCCGCCAAGGUGGGCUUCCAGUGCUACGACCGAGCACUCUCCAUGCCCUACGUGGAGACCAACGAAGAGAUGAUCCCGCUGCUAAUGCUGCUGAGCCUGGCGUUCGCGGCUCCCGCAGCCUCUAUCAUGGUGGGCGAGGGAAUUGUUUACUGUUUGCAGCCCAAGACAAAAGGCCGCGAGACUUCUGAGGGAAGCAUCAACGCGGGCGGCUGCAAUUUCAACUCCUUCCUCCGCAGGACGGUCCGGUUUGUGGGAGUCCACGUAUUUGGCCUCUGUGCCACGGCGCUCGUGACCGACGUGAUCCAGCUGGCCACGGGCUACCAUGCCCCUUUCUUUCUGACCGUCUGUAAGCCCAACUACACGCUCUUGGGAAUUUCCUGUGACUCCAACCCUUAUAUCACCCAAGACAUCUGCUCUGGGCAAGAUCAACACGCCAUCCUUUCAGCCAGGAAAACGUUCCCCUCCCAGCAUGCCACGUUGUCUGCCUUUGCUGCCGUUUACGUGUCGAUGUAUUUCAACUCCAUCAUCUCGGACAGCACCAAGCUCCUCAAGCCAAUCCUAGUCUUUGCUUUCGCCAUUGCAGCUGGGAUCUGUGGACUGACCCAAAUCACCCAGUACCGCAGCCACCCCAUUGACGUUUAUGUGGGUUUCCUGAUUGGCUCAGGCAUCGCAGCUUAUUUGGCAUACCAUGCCGUGGGCAACUUCCGAGCGCCAACCGAGAAGGCCCCCUCCAACCCCCCCACCAAGGAUGCCCUGAGGGCCUUGACACAGCGGGGCCACGACUCCGUUUAUCACCAGAACAAGUCCGUCAGCACGGACGAGCUCAACCCCCAGACCCGCCUGGAGGGGAUGAACCGGCAGGUGCAGCGGGAGAAGAACUCGCUGGGCAGCUUGAAGCGGGCCAGUGUGGACGUGGACCUCCUGGCGCCCCGGAGCCCCAUGGGCAAGGAGAACAUGGUCACCUUCAGCAACACGCUGCCGAGGGUCAACACCCCCUCCAUGGACGACCCCGCCCGCCGACACAUGACCAUCCACGUCCCCGUGGACGCCUCCCGAUCAAAGCAGCUGAUCACGGAGUGGAAGCAGAAAUCGGUGGAAGGCCGUGGCAUGACCCUGGCAGAGGAAGUGGCCCGACGGGUCGGCUCGGAUGCUUUAGCCGGCGAUGAAGAAGAACCCAUUCCACCGGCCUUGUACCCAACUGUCCAGGCUCGGACUGCCGAGCGGGCCUCUAUGGGACCACGGGUCCUCAUCCAGCCAAGACCGGGUGCAACCCAACUGGUCCACAUCCCCGAGGAGAGCCAGGCGAACGCGGGCGCCAACGUCUCGCCCAAAAGCAGCUCCGCAGUGAGGGCCAAAUGGAUGAUGAUGGCGGAGAAGGGGGCCACCCAGCGCGUGGGCAACCCCCCGCGCCUCAUGCAGGUCAUCGCAAUGUCCAAGCAGCCAGGGAUGGUGUCGGUCAUGCCGAAGCAAUCUGAGACCUCCUCCUCGUCCACCAGCUCGGACUCCUCCCAGUACCGCUCUCCGUCAGAGAGAGACAGUUCCAGCGUCGUCACCAUCGACGCGCAUGCCCCGCAUCACCCGGUCGUGCACUUGUCUUCUGGGAACGGCCCUUGGGAGUGGAAGGCCGCCCAGAAAAGUUCUGAUGGCCAAGACGCUUAUGAGCUCAACGAGAUGGGCAAGGAUUAUCGUGGCUUCCGGCCCGCUAAGAGUGCCGGCGUGUCACCUGGCUCCUCGGUCAGCGACAUCGAGCGGGACGAGCCUCCGUACGGCAGCGUGGCCACCAUCAAUAUUUCGGCAGGCAUGGGCGCAGGCCCGGCGCUGGUUUCGGCAGAGACGAGCCCUGCAGAAAAUGUGCUGGGGGCUGCCAGCCGGGAGUCGACGCUGCGGAGGAAGCCAACCAGCCUUACUGUGGGGGAGAAGGAUGGACCAACAGAAGAGACAGAAAACUUCUACAAGAAAAUGCAAGCUAACCGGAGGUUUAAGGAGUAAUCCCGCUCGCCUAGCUUCCCCGGCCACACCAGGAUGGAAUGGACCGAAUGGAAAAAACCAGGAAAUUGAUAUGGAUGGUGGUCUUUGGGGCAAUCAUGUCCAAAGUGGACUGUUUCCCAAGAAUUGGACAGUGGUGUUGGAUCCAACAUCAACCAUGGUGAAAUUAUGGAGUCUCCUAGAAAGACUAAUCUUCUGGGAGCUUUUCGUAUGACUGUUUUAGCCAAGAAAUUGGUCCUCACACUUCAGAAUUAUCUUACCUUACUGGCGACAGAAGCUUCUGAAGGAACGUUGGUGCUUCCAGUGGAUCCAGCGGCUGGUGGUUUUAAGGAAAGCCCAUGGCUCAUCCCCAGUGACUGAUGGUGAAACCAGCAAGGUUGGGGGAGUGAAGUUGGAAUUC